UACGAUUGCGAACAAAUUACCUUGCUGUGCUUAUUAUAUAUCAUACAAUAUGGACUUAAAUUGAAUUACAUUUGAUGAAUUUGAAUUACCUAUUUAUAAACGAAACGGACCUUAUAGAUUUAAAAUAUACAUGCUAAACGCUUCAACAUUUUUGAAGUUCGCCAGCCCUGGGAGUUAACAAAAAUAACGCCAUCUAUGAAUUUCCCAAGCAACUAACAGAACCGCCCCCUAUUGUCCGCCUACACCGGCAACCCCUGUUGAUAUUACAGUGGGUCAGCUGAAUGUCUAUGUUAACCAGAGUUGCCAGCUGGACUUUAAACGUUGUCUUGGUAACGGUUUUCACUCGAUUUUAUUGUCAAAGGAAAGAAUAAAAGAGGACUGAGCAAACACAAUAAAAGUAAAGAUGUUUCGCCGCGGAAAAUUAUCCUUUCUGAGCACCAAAGACGAUCGCAUUAAAAUAAUAAACGAACGGAUCAAUAUAACAGAACGCCAUUUAAUGGAGAUGUGCUCAGCCUUCGCGUUGGUAACAAGAAAAAUGGCCAAGUACCGUGACUCCUUCGAUGAGCUGGCCAAGAAUGUGAAGAGUUAUGCGGACGACGAGGAAAUCAACGAGAGCCUUUCUAAUGGACUAAAGAGCUUUACUAAUGCGGUUACGAUAAUCGGCGAUUAUAUGGACGUCAAAGUGCACCGGUUAGAACAUAAGAUUGUCAACGAGUUGGCGCAAUUCGAGCAGCUUUGCAAGUCGACCAGGGACAAUCUUCGCCUUGCUGUUAUUGCCCGGGACAAGGAGGUUCUACGCCAGCGCCAGAUGCUAGAGUUAAAGUCGAAGUUUUCAGCGAACAAUAGUGCCGCCGACUCGGAGCUGUUCAAAGCCAAAAUGGAGGUGCAGCGCACCAACAAGGAAAUUGACGACAUCAUCGGAAAUUUCGAGCAGCGAAAGCUGCGUGACGUAAAGCAGAUCAUCAGCGAUUUUAUUCUGAUCUCCAUGAAGCAGCACACCAAGGCCUUGGAGGUGCUGAGCGCAAGCUACUACGACAUAGGAAGCAUUGAUGAGCGCGACGAUUUCCUGGAGUUCCAGAAGCUGAUGAAAGCCAAGGAGGAGCCCACGCCUCGCAAGGCGGCCCUGAAGAAGGGCCUGCGCUCCCAAUCCAUGGAUAGUUUGGAGCACGAGCACCUUGUUAGCCCGCUGAAAAGGCGUCCGAAAUUAUCGAGGAGCAGCAAAAAUCUGGCAGGAGCGGGAAUAAAUCGCGGGAGCAGGACAGAGCCCGAAGAGGAAACCGAUGAGCAGGAUGAGGAGGAGGAUGAUGACGAAGAUGAGGAAACCGACCAAAGUGGAGAUGAGGAGGAGGAAUCAGGGACAGCAACAGACGACGAAAGGGAGCCCCCACAGCCGAGCAGCCAGGUCACCCCACACGAUAAUGUCUUUGGCGCCAAGAUCCGAUCUGGAGGCAAAGAAGUCGCCACGCCCUCCACCAGCGCCAGUGCGACUUCUGCUCCUUCGAAGCCCAGCAGACAAACGGUCAAGCAUCCCUUCAAGGCGGUGGCCUCCACCCAUGUAAGGUUGCAGAAACAGUUCCACGUUCCCCAGCACUAGCACUGCAAUUACAAAGAGAAUCGGUUGUCCUUGUCAACUAGAAGACCAUCAGUAUUGAAGACAAAAUAUAGUUUUAAUGAUUUCGUUUGGUUAUCGUACCAGAAUCUGAAAAUAUCUUACCUCUUUCUUCGGCACACAGUAAAAAGUAUUGUAUUUAAACUGAA